AUGCCAGCGUCGACCUGUAGGAACUUCUGUAGCAAAAGGAUCCUGCCUCCGUUGCCUGUUUAUCCCAUUGAUUGCUACUUCAGAAGCCCCUAUGCAUACCCUGGUAAUGUAACAGAUGUCAACCAGGCUUUGAAUGGUCAGGACAUAUUUCCAAGCCCUCCUUAGGUAGAUCCCAGGUGGGGAUGGCAAAUUCGAAAGCACGUCAAAGUGCAAGUCGAUAAAUAGGUACCGCUCCGGCAGGAAGGUAAACGGCGUUUCCGUGCACUGCUCUGGUUUGCCAGAAGGGGCUCAGUCAUGCUGGCCACAUGACCCGAAAACUGUCUGCCUAUAGAGUGAGAUGAGCGCACAACCCCAGAGUAGUCCGUGACUGGUCAGGGGUCAAGGGUCCCUUUACCUUUUAAGGAAAAGCAGAGACAUCACCUUGUUGACAAAGAUCUGUAUAGUUAAAGCUAUGGUUUUCCCAGUAGUGAUGUAUGGAAGUGAGAGCUGGACCACAAAGAAGGCUGAUCUGCAGCUCUUCCCCUGUGGUCCAGAAGCGUGUGUUUGAAACGAAAAAUGACCAUGCAUUACCAGACAGCAACCCUCCUAUUGUUACUCCAUGCUUCUUUUAUGAUGACACCAACAUGUGCUGAUACUGCAACACUAACACAGCUGAAUGAAUUUGGAUGCUACUGAGAGGUCACAGAACAGAGGGCUUAUUCAAGUGCAUGGCAGUUUGCCAUGCUCUGACUGUCUAUAACCCAGGGAGUGUGAGAUUGACAGGCAGGCAGUGUGUGAAAAAGGAACUUUAAUAAACACCAGGUGUCAUCCUGUCAUUAUACAAAUCCAAGGUGCGACUUCUCCCCACCUGCUGCCCAGUUACUAUAGCAGAUGGGCAUUUGGCUGUGAGCCUGCUUAAACUGGCAAGCUAAUUCUGUCUUUGUGUUCAUGGCUUUUCACAGAAGAUACUACAUUUAAGCUUAGACUGGCAAGCAUGUCUGCAUCUGUUGCAAACAUUCCUUUCCACCCAAUUCAUUUUUGUAUGUUCUUUUCACUAAUAUAAUUUGCAAGUACGCAUUUUAUGCACACAUGACGUUAGUAUAUGCAUUUUUGUGCAUAUUACUUGACACUGCAAAAUUCAGAAAAGUGCACGUUUUGAAGGAUGUCUAUAGAAUCAUAGAAUUCUAGAACUGGAAUCUAUAUUUUUGGUUCACAAAUUGUUUGGGAAAGUGCUAUUUAGGUAGAUUCACCUUGAAUUGUGAACCACUCUAAAUUUCUUUAUCUAUUCAAAAUGUUAGACUUCUCGGAACCCACCCUUCAGCUUUCCUGAAAAGCAGCUUUAUAAAUUUCACCUGACAGCACCUCUUUCAGAAUUGAAUAGCAGUGUUACACACAAACUCUGCAUCCCAUCUCCCAAUGAAAGGAAAGAAGGCAGAAUGACUUCUGAAUCUGCUGAAGUCCUUGGAUCUGCUGAAGUCCUUUCAGGCGAAGUUUCUUGAAAGUUUGAAAAAGAAACUGAAGAAAAAAUGGAAGAAAAAUAAUGAGCUCUCAAUAUACAUUUAUAUAUUUAACUCCAGUGAAUCUGUGGCUUAAUUAUUUAAGGUGUGAGUCUCUGUGUGUGCCUAUAUCUAUAGCAGCUGUUGUAACAUUAAGCUCUCCAGAUCUACUUGAACUACACACAAACACACACACAAGUGUGCAAGCGCGCAUGCAUGCACACACAUACACACAAACCCACACAUAUUGGCUUCCAGUAAUGGAUUUAGAAAUGUUACAGGAAGUGGUUGUGGUUGCAAGAAACAUGUUCCGGGAAAGUGUACCAUUCCAGGUGUUCUUUAUUUAAUGAACAAACAAACCUGGAACUAUGCAAAAUCUGCCCUGAGAAAUUGCACCGACUCAUCAAGGUUUUAUUUAUAUGCGGUUUUGUUUUCCCUCAAAGUGCCUGCAAAGUCUAUUUGCUCCAUAGCAAAAUAACAUUCUACUUACAUAGCUUCUUAAUGAAAUUUUAUAGCCCACCCUUCCUCCCCCAAGGAGCCCAAGGCAGCAAACACAGUUUUGAUAAAACACGUUCAUUAGAAAUAAAAGAAAAACGUAUAUAGAACAAUUUUAUUUUAUUUUUAAAUUGAAAGCACAUAAAAACAUUUGAUAACAUUGCAAGGCAAAACUUGGGGUUGGGGGCAGUAUCCAGCAAAACAGAUCUACACAAAGGAACUUCUCCUCUCUCUCCUGAUCCCGUGCACCCCACUGUGUCACCCUAAAUCUGUUCUGGGGUUUUCUCCAACCUUCUGGAGCAGAUCUAGAGAUGGCACUGGGGCAUUUGGAGAAAGGAAGAGCAAGAGGAACUUCCACUGAGCAAGUGGAACUCCUUGUCCUAGCAGAUCUAUUUAGUUGAAUAUUGCCCGGGGCCUGUGGGCGUUUGUAGGGGCAAAUAAGAAUUGCAGUGGUAGGCAGAAGGGCAGUCCCCAUACUUCCUUCACCUGUGCCCUCCUCCUACAUGGGUUGUUCUAUUCUGUACAGUGGUACCUCGGGUUACAGAUGCUUCAGGAUACAGAUGCUUCAGGUUACAGACUCCGCUAACCCAGAAAUAGUAUCUCGGGUUAAGAACUUUGCUUCAGGAUGAGAACAGAAAUUGUGUGGCGGCAGUGCAGUGGCAGCGGGAGGCCCUAUUAGCUAAAGUGGUGCUUCAGGUUAAGAACAGUUUCAGGUUAAGAACGGACUUCCAGAACAAAUUAAGUUCUUAACCCGAGGUACCAGGCAUAAAGCCUGGAGAGAGCCAGACAGAAACCGGGAAAAUGCAAUGAAAAUGACUUCAGCCAACGUUUCCUUGCCUCCUGAGGCAUUUGGUUCUCAGAUCAAACCAUUCCCAGCACACUCAGCUCCCAUCCACACUACAUAUUUAAAGCACAUUAUGUACAUGUGUUUCCCUCCCUCUCCCCAAUGGAUAAUUGGAACGGAAGUUUAUUAACUGGAAACUUGCAUCUUUGUAAAGGGUAAGCAAUAAUUUCCGGGGUUCUUGAGAAGCCAUGUGUGUGGAAUGUGAUUUGGAUGGAUUGUUUGUUUAUUUAUAUUUAACAAACUGUAUCUACCACCUGACUCUAAGAAAAAUUUUAAGUGGUUUGCAAAAUAAAUAAAUAAAUAAAUAAAUAAUAAUAAUAAUAAUAAUAAUAAUAUAUUAUCUAUACCCCGCCCAUUUGGCUGGGUUUCCCCAGCCACUCUGGGCAGCUCCCAACAGAAUAUUAAAAACACGAUAAAACAUCAAACAUUAAAAGCUUCCCUAAACAGGGCUGUCUUCAGAUGUCUUCUAAAAGUCAGAUAGUUGUUUAUUUCCUUGACAUCUGAUCAGAGGUUUGGCAGUUCAAAUCCCCACGACAGGGUGAGCUCCUGUUGCUCUGUUCCAGCUCUGGCCAACCUAGCAGUUCGAAAGCAUGCCAGUGCAAGUAAAUAAAUAGGUACCACUGUGGUGGGAAGGUGAAUGGCGUUUCUGGACGCUCUGCUUUCUGUCACAGUCCUUCCUGCGCCAAUAGCAGUUUAGUCAUGCUGGCUACAUGACCUGGAAAAUCUGUCUGUGGACAAAUGCCGGCUCCCUCGGCCUGAAAGCGAGAUGAGUGCCACAACCCCAUAGUUGCCUUUGACUGGACUUAACCGUUCAGGGGUCCUUUACCCUUUUUUUUAACCCUCUGCUAAAGGCAACAUACAAACAGGAUAAGUAGGGAUGAGCACAAUAAAUAAGUUUGAUAUGCAGAGUUUAAGAAAUAAUUGGAAUAAAGAAUUGGAAUGUUCAUUAUUACCUAGACAGUAGGAAAAUGUUUUAGUUUUGGGAUCAGACAUAUCGAUGGAUCUUAAACAAAGACUUAUACAACAGAAAAUACUACACUAGUGGCCAAAAUUACAGAAACCUUUUGGGGAAAGUGUAUUUUUGAGGUUUGAUGGCUCAUAGCACCACCUUCUUUUGAAGUAAUGCCAUGAAAUUAUGUAUCUAUGGAAAGAUAAUUUAAUGAAGAAUGUAAUGCAAUAAAGUUUGUUCAGUUAUCUGUAUUCUAUCAAAAGUUAUAGCCAAAUAACCAGAAAAGGGGAGUGCAACUUGCUUAGGUUGAUAGGCAGUAGCUUUCCUUUAUUUGAAUGUAGCCAAUGAGCAUGAGUGUUUAGAGAGCCAAUCAGGUGUUAUGAGCCAUCAAACCUUGGAAAUAUACUUUCCCCAAAAGGUUUCCACAAUUUUGGCCACUAGUGUAUUUAGAAUCUAUUGGCAUAUGAACUCAUAGCAAGAAAGGUAAGGUACACAUCCGGCAAGUAAAUAAAUUCCACUGGUUUACUUAUUCAUUGUUGUUGUUUUUUUGUUAUAGAAGCUACAGACACUUAUACUACUGUUGUAAGUACAAGUUGCAACUAUGUCUACUCAUGAGUCAUGAUACAGCACAAUGUCAAUGAGACUUGCUCCCAUAGUUAAGCAGGUUUAGGAUUGGAUCCCUGGGUUACAUUUUAAUUGAAUGCAAACAAAACCUAUGAGUUGCACCAUCGCUGCAUAAAGACUCCUGUUCUGAUGAGCUAACGCCCACAUUGCAUUUAGGUUGAUAGAUGCCGCCAAAGGGAUUCACUUUGCAUGCAGAAGCCUUCUGUGAAUUAUUAUUUUCACACAAAUUGCACAGGUAAGUUUUUGCUGUAUUUGUAUGCAAGGUGACUCGUGGUUACUGUGAAUAAACCCACAUAGCAGAUCUCCAGUUUGGGUGUCUCUUCUAAAAGAUCCAAUUGAUAUCCUCCUCGUAAAAUAAGGAAUGCACCAAAAAUGCUUUAUGGGGAUGUGGCAAACCCCUUCCGGUCUCAGAGCUGAAAAAAACCUCUAGGGAAUAAGAUAUGUUGUUAAUCUGGUUCAGCUGCUAAUGAGGUGUGAUUUCUGCUUCCUGCAGGGAAUGCUUUGUCACAGAGGAGAACUUCGAGAAUUACUUUUUGAUCCCAAGGACUGCAAUUACGAGCUCUGUAGGAACUGAUUUAUAAUGCUAUUUGUUGAGUAUGUGAAAUAGGGGCUUAGUUAAAAGGAGUGAAGCAAGUAUGGUGAAUGAUAGCUUUGAAAUUUGAUGGCAGUCCUUUAUCAACUUUUGGAAGAACAGUGGUGUUAUUCAUGGCACUGAUAAUGUUGUUCUUUGGGUUGUGACUUUUUUAUUUCCCUGUUCUGCUCCUGCACCUUUAAAAGGGUCCUGAUUCAUGAAAAUUAAGCCAGUAAAACUGUUCUAGCAUUGAGGCAGGUCAGCUUUGCUGUUUUUUCUGGUCCACGAAGAAAUAGGUAGCAGUCCUAGCAGAUAAGGACAAAAUGUUUUGAAAUGUUGUAAACAGGGAUAUAAAUGGUUAGAAAAUUCUGUAACAUCAUGUGAAAGCUAAAUAUAUAAAGGAUCAGGGGGUUGUUUUAAAAAUGAGGUGAAUAUUAUCAUAAAUUGGGAAGUUUAAUGAUGAGAGGAGCUGUUGCAAUGUAAUUGUUAAAAUGUUUAUAAGGUUCACAACUGUUUUGAUACUUUGUGCGCUGCUUAUGGGCUGUAUUCAAGAGGAAUUAGCAUUGCAGAGAUAUUUCUUGAGGAGGCUAAUUAUUCUCGGAUGUGAAAGAACAUUGAAAGCUCUUUUAUUAUUCCUUUAAGAGUCAGUAAAAGAUUCCUGGUACCCAGAAAGUCAUGUGCUUUAAAUGUGAUGACUGAAUGUUAGUGGGGAAAUGAAAUGAAAAAUGAGGGGCUCCUUUUUCAGCACGGGAAAGGUGGAUGUCUGAGUGGAAAUAAUGUGUGCAUGAGAAGGGUGGGGCAGAGCUUGCAUGCAGCUGCUGCCCCCAUCCACACUACGCUCAUGCACACGCCUUUGCGGAACAAUCCUAGGCGUGUCUACUCAGAAGUAAGUCCCAUUGAGUUUAGGCAAGAGUGUCUAGGAUUGCAGCCUGAGUUCUCCUCACUGCUUGUUCACAGUGGCAGGGGUGGAGCAAGGUGAGUGCGGACUGCCCCUGUGUCAUUUCUGAGGGGGUGACAUUUGGCACGCCACCCACCCGCGACUCCCCAUCUGUCUGGGGAAGGGGGGGAGCUGCAGUCUUCCCUCCUUCCCCCUUUGUUUUGACAGCACUGCACUCCUGGGCUGCUGGAGGAGGCAUACAGGCAUGUAGGGAGAGGACACGGAGGAGGCAGGGGAGCAAACAAGCCGAGGGUGGAGGGAACUCUGGACCCAAACCCUGGAAUCCAAAAAAAGUUCAACUUUUGCCAACCCCCCCCCCCAAAGCAAUGGGUAGAUCACAGGCAGUCUUUUUAUACUGUGAGUAAAUCGCAGUCUCUUGGGAGUCCAACUAGAUCUCAAUGUGUGUGUGUGGGGGGGGGGUUGACAAGAAAUUCUCCGCACCAGGUACCACCUGACCUUGCUACACCACUGCACAGUGGUACAUAUUAAAGGCUUUGGGGUCCCAUCCCGCUUUCACCACACACUUCCAGUGAUUAUCACAGUUUGAUUCAGCUUCGGUCAUUCACUGCAGGGCACCGCGCAGUAGAUUAGCUAUUAAGCUGCCAUAUUAUAGCGACGGAUGUUGAGCUGUUGUAAUGACAACUUCUUUUUCUGCAUUGCAGACUUUGCUGACUUUUGCUAA